AUGUCUGAUAGUCAGUGUGAUAUGGACAGCUCUGAUGAGGCGGAGCCCUCUCCCCGAAAGAGGAGGCCCAAAACUUCCCGGUCUUGCCGAGCUGGACUGAUAUUCCCAGUAGGCCGUAUUGACAGAUUCCUCCGGGCAGGUGACUAUGCUGAGCGGAUUGGAUCAGGGGCUUCAGUUUACAUGGCUGCCGUGCUCCAGUACUUGACAUAUGACAUUGUAGACAUCGCUGGAAACAUUGCUGCCAAUGAUCACAGGCGCCGGAUUGCCCCCCGACACUUGCUUGAGACCAUCCAUUGUGACUCUGAGCUCCAACAGGUGUUUGGAGGAGCCAUCCUCCCACCACAGGGAAGAGCCAAGAAACAAUCAGCGCCCUCCUCCCGGAGAGGGAAGGGCAAGAAGAUGGCCCACUCUGUGAGGAGAAGGCGUAAUUCUGUGGUUGCUGCUUAA